UGUGAGUAGAAGUGUCAACAGUUAUUAUAACAAUUCCAUCGUUGUAAAAUUUUGACGCUACCUGCUUUUUGGAUAUAAAAACAAUUCUUCAAGUGAGUACCGAAGCCAAAAGCGAAUGAAUGUUCAAUUGAAAUGGAGAACGAAAAUUCACAUCCGCUUGAUAGUUUUUGUGGUUCACAAUUUUGGAAUGAAACUUUAACAUGGAACACAACAAAUCCAGAUCUAACAGAAUGUUUUCAAAAAACCGUAUUAAUUUGGGUACCGAAUGCCUUUCUAUGGAUAUGUUCAGUAUUCGACAUAUAUUAUAUGUGUACAAGUAAAACGAAAUACAUUCCGUGGAACUUUUUGAACUUGUUAAAAUCACUUUUAAUAUUAGUUUUAAUAGGAUUAAAUUUUUUUGAAAUAGCUUUAAUUGUAUUUAAUGGCUUAGAUUAUGGUGCUCCAAACGAUAUUUUUGCACCGACAUGCAGACUUUUUACAUAUUUGCUUGCUCUAUGUUUGUUAUAUUUCAAUAAAGUUCGUGGUCUUCGUACAUCAGGUCUCUUAUUUUUAUAUUGGUUUUUACUUGCGAUAUUUGGAAUAGUACAAUUCCGAUCUGAAAUCCAGAAUAUUAAAACUGAUAAAGAUUUUAUAACAAUUAGUUAUUUAAUACAAUAUCCAGUGAUAUUAAUUAUCCUGCUCUUGAAUUGUUGGGCAGAUAAAGAACCGAAAUUUUCAGAAUAUGCUAAAGAUGAGAAACCAUGUCCAGAAAUCAAAAGCAGUUUCUUAUCAAAAAUAUUAUAUGCUUGGUUUGAUCCGUUAGCGUGGAAAGGAUUUAGAAAACCAUUAGAAACAAAAGACUUGUGGUCAAUGAAACCAGAAGAUCAGGCACAAACAGUCGUGCCAGCUUUUGAUUACUAUUGGCAAAGAACUUUACGAAAAAAUCAAAAGAUUCCAUCAAAUGCAAAAUUUAGAACUGGUUCAAAUAAUGUAGAUAUUUCUCCAAGUCAAAAUAAGAAAAUUGCAUCAAUUCUACCCGCUUUAUGUAAAGCUUUUGGUCCAACAUUCGUUCUUGGAUCAUUAUUAAAAUUAAUUCAAGAUGUUCUUACAUUUGCCAGUCCACAACUCUUAAAAGUAUUAAUAAAAUUUAUUGAAGAUCCAAGUGAACCCUUAUGGAAAGGAUAUUUCUUUUCGAUUUUAAUGUUAUUAACUGCUAUGCUACAAACAUUAAUUUUAUCACAAUACUUUCAUCGAAUGUUUAUAGUAGGUUUAAGAAUUCGAACCGCAUUAAUUUCAGCAAUAUUUCGUAAAGCUUUAGUAAUGUCAAAUAAAUCACGUAAAGAUACAACCGUUGGUGAAAUCGUCAAUUUAAUGGCUGUCGAUGCUCAACGUUUUAUGGAUUUAACAGCAUAUCUAAAUUUAUUAUGGUCAGCACCAUUGCAAAUUAUUCUUUGCCUUUAUUUUCUUUGGGGUAUAUUAGGACCAUCAGUUUUAGCAGGUUUAGCUGUCAUGAUUAUUUUAAUCCCAGUUAAUGGAUUUAUUGCAAAUAAAGUAAAGACUUUACAAAUUAAACAAAUGAAGAAUAAAGAUGAACGAGUAAAAUUAAUGAACGAAGUACUUAGUGGUAUUAAAGUUUUAAAAUUGUAUGCGUGGGAGCCAAGUUUUGAACAACAAGUACUUAAAAUACGUAAUAAAGAGGUUAAGGUACUUAAAGAGGCUGCUUACUUAAAUGCUGGUACAUCAUUUAUUUGGUCAUGUGCGCCGUUUUUGGUUUCAUUGGUCACAUUCGCUACCUUUGUAUUGGUAGAUGAAAACAAUAUUUUAGACUCAAAAACAGCUUUUGUUUCAUUGUCGUUAUUUAAUAUUCUACGAUUUCCUUUGAGUAUGUUACCCAUGAUGAUAUCCAAUAUCGUACAGGCAGGUGUUUCAGUCAAACGAAUCAACAAAUUCAUGAAUGCUGAUGAAUUAGAUCCAGAAAAUGUUUCCCAUGAUCCAAAAGAAAGUUGUCCAUUAAUAAUUGAAAAUGGAUACUUCAGUUGGGGUGAAGAAAACAUUCUCGAAAACAUCAACUUAAAAUUAGAAAAAAAUUCAUUAAAUGCAGUGGUUGGUUCAGUUGGUGCGGGUAAAAGUAGUUUAGUGAGUGCAUUUUUGGGUGAAAUGGAUAAAGUAUCAGGUCGUGUAAAUACAAUUGGCAGCAUUGCAUACGUCUCACAACAAGCGUGGAUACAAAAUGCAACACUCCGUGAUAAUAUUUUAUUCGGUAAACCAUUUGUACAAUCAGUUUAUGAUAAAGUGGUUGAUGCAUGUGCAUUAGUGCCUGAUAUUAAAAUGUUACCGGGUGGUGAUUCUACUGAAAUCGGUGAAAAAGGUAUUAAUUUAUCUGGUGGUCAAAAACAACGGGUAAAUUUAGCUCGAGCUGUAUACAAUGACGCCGAUGUAUAUUUCUUUGAUGAUCCGUUAAGUGCAGUGGACAGUCAUGUAGGUAAACAUAUAUUUGAAAAAGUUAUUGGACCAACUGGAAUGUUAAAACAUAAAACUAGAGUGUUGGUUACACAUGGUAUUACUUAUUUACCACACUGUGAUCAAAUUAUUGUAUUAAAAGACGGUCGAAUUAGUGAAAUUGGUACUUAUCAAUUCCUUUUGGACAAGAAAGGAGCAUUUUCUGAAUUUUUAAUACAACAUUUACAAGAAAUUCAAGAGAGUGAAAAUUCUGAGGAACUAGACGAAAUAAAAAAUACGUUAGGCAGUACUGUUGCAGCUGAAUUAGUACAACGACAACGAUCACGUAUUUCUGAAAGUGUUUCAGAAUCAGGGUCUAUAGAAAAACAGAAUGGUUCAUUGAAACGGCAACGUUCAGUGGAUAGUGGUUCUGGUGAAAAAUCAAUUGUUAGUCUACGUAAAAGUAGCCAAAAGAAAGAUUUUGUACCUGUUAUAGGAGAAAAAUUAAUUGAAACCGAAAAAGCAGAAACUGGCAGUGUUAAAUGGAAAGUAUACAGCCAUUAUUUGCUAUCCAUUGGAUUAUUUUUAUGUAUUUCUACAAUAUUCAUGAAUAUGGUAUUCCAAGCAUUUAGUAUUGGAAGUAAUUUCUGGCUAUCAGUCUGGUCAGAUGAUGAAGAACACAGUCAGGAGCGAAAAGGCUUAUAUCUUGGUGUGUAUGGUGCUUUAGGCGUUGGUCAAGUGCUAACAGUAUUGCUGACAAGUUUUGCAUUAUACUAUGGAACAUUGAUGGCAGCAUAUAAACUUCAUAACGAAGUACUUCUAAAUGUUAUGCGAGCACCGACUACUACAUUCUUUGACGUAACACCAGUUGGUCGUAUACUCAAUCGAUUUUCGAAGGAUAUUGAAACAUUAGAUAAUGUUCUACCACAAACUAUACGUGGUUGGAUUUUUUGCUUUUUUUCGGUAGUCGCUACGUUAUUUGUAAUAAGUUAUUCAACACCAAUAUUUAUGACAGUUAUAAUACCAAUUGGUUUAUUUUAUUAUUUUGUUCAACGAUUUUAUGUUGCCACAUCCAGACAACUAAAACGUUUGGAAUCAGUAUCAAGAUCACCAAUCUAUUCACAUUUUGGUGAAAGUGUUAGUGGUACACAUAUUAUACGUGCGUAUGGUGUACAAAAUCGUUUUAUCAGUGAAUCUGAACAUCGUGUUGAUUUAAAUCAAGUGUGCUAUUAUCCAAGUAUAGUUGCUAAUCGAUGGCUGGCUGUACGUUUAGAAAUGGUUGGAAAUUUGAUUAUAUUCUUUGCGGCAUUAUUUGCUGUUUUAAAUAGAGAUACAGUCAAUUCUGGUACCGUUGGUUUAUCAAUCAGUUACGCUUUACAGAUAACCCAGACAUUAAAUUGGUUGGUGCGUAUGACAUCUGAUGUAGAAACUAAUAUUGUAGCAGUUGAAAGAAUCAAAGAAUACGGUGAAACUCAACAAGAAGCAGCUUGGGAAAUAGCAGAAACAAAUCCACCAGCAUCGUGGCCACAAAAAGGUGAAGUUGAAUUUAAAGAUUACAGUGUACGAUAUCGACCUGGAUUAGAGUUUGUACUGAAAAAUUUAAGUUUCACUGUAAAAGGUGGUGAAAAAGUUGGUAUUGUUGGACGAACAGGUGCUGGAAAAUCUACCUUAACUUUAUCAUUAUUCAGGAUAUUAGAAGCCAGUGAAGGAUCUAUUAUAAUAGAUAAUGUAAAUAUAUCAGUGUUGGGAUUACAUGCUCUAAGAUCUCGACUCACAAUUAUUCCACAAGAUCCUGUCUUAUUCUCUGGUACACUUCGAUUGAAUUUAGAUCCAUUUGAUAAAUAUUCAGAUGCUGAUCUUUGGAGAGCUCUAGAACAUGCUCACUUAAAAACUUUUUGUGAAGGUUUAACAGCUGGUCUUAAUCAUGAAGUAUCAGAAGGUGGUGAAAAUUUAUCGGUUGGGCAACGUCAAUUAAUAUGUUUAGCAAGAGCAUUAUUACGUAAAACAAAAGUGUUAAUACUUGAUGAAGCAACAGCCGCUGUAGAUUUAGAAACAGAUGAUCUUAUACAACGUACAAUACGAACUGAAUUCGCUGAUUGUACCGUACUUACAAUUGCACAUCGAUUAAACACAAUCAUGGAUUCGGAUCGUGUAUUAGUUUUAGAUAAAGGUGGUAUUGUUGAAUAUGAUUCACCACAAGUAUUAUUACAAUCAAAAACAACUAUUUUCUAUGGUAUGGCUAAAGAUGCCAAUUUAGUUUAAUUUAAAAUAAAAAAAACAAACAACACACAUUUACACUCA